AUGGCUCUGUCUGUCAGUAAAUUCUCUGCAAUUUUAUGCACAGCCAUCUUGUUUGCUAAUUUACAUGCUCUGUGCAGGUCAUCGAGUGUGGUGCCAACGAUUUCAGCUUCUCCAUCGGUUUUACCAAAUGGAAAUCCACCCAGUAACAAUAUGUCGUCCUUCUUCCCUUCUCCAAGUGAUGAAGCUUCUAAUUCCUCAGAUGCAUUUGCACCAGUCCCGAGCUCUGGCCAGUUCGUUGGCAAAGUUUCAUCCGCCAACCCCAACUCCGACUGUCAGUGCGGUGCUCUAAUGUUUGGUGCCGGGCUUUCUACCUUGUUUCUCUUCAAAUUUGCCAAUGCUGCGUAA